AUGAUACGUCCAACUCAUAACAACCUCACUAAAGAAUAUCCUUCUGAUAUGCACCUCCAUCGUGAAGAUAAUGUAAUCAACAACUUAAGAACACCAGCAGUAAAUAAGGAACAAGCAGGAAUAUGUAUCAAGUAUCCUGGUGAGUCAGAAACUCGUUCGACAUUCACAAAACCAAGUCAUUGUGUAUCAGAAGUUUUAACAAAUCAUGGUCAACUAAGUGUAUGUAAACCAGGCUAUCAAAUUAAUCCACAUUCAGAAAUUAAACUAGAUGGAUAUGGUCCUAUCAAACAGUAUGAAUUGAAUAAAAUGGAACAAUCAGAGUAUGCACAAACAUAUACUUGGCCAGAUGGUAAAAAGAUACAUACAAGUCCAUGGAACAGAUUACGAGAAGCUAAUCAUUUGUAUGGUGUUAAAUAAUUCUGAUAAUUCGGUUGCCUUCAUAAAACUAAGCAUUGUAACAUUUUAUAUUAGUUUAUUUAGUUGAAAAAAUCAUUCAAUAAAUGAAUCUGUUAAAAGUUAACAAGCCUUUUCUUUUAAAUAAAAAUAAGCAAACGCCAAAGACGAUUAGUCAUUUAAGACAAUUGGGUUCUAAUAAUACAAAGAUGAGAUCGACAUCUAUAAGUGAGUGAUGGACAAGAAUAUAAUUUAUGGACGAACCAAUCAGGUCUAAGAUAACAGGUGUCGGAUUUGGGUGCAAAAAUCAUUCAUCCAUUUGGCUUAAUAGAGUUUUCGGAUUAUAGUUUAUAUCAGUUCGUGAUGAAAACCUAAAGUUUACUUCCAGCUAUUACUCCAAACUAUUGAUACAUUCGACGAAUACAACCUGUUAUGAUGGGCUGUAAUGUUACAAUCAGAUUGAUGCUCUCAUUAUGAUUUUUAUUCAACAUUAAUUCCGUUUAACUCAAUCUGAUGAUAACGGAGUAUAGCAUUUGUUUCGUUUUCACCUUUGAGAUUGUAUUCUGAGUAACAUACAAUAUUCUUGUAUGAAUUAUUUUCCAUACCUGUGAUUUAUUCUGAUUAUUGUUCAGAAAUGGGUGUACAAACCAAUAUAUAAAUGAGUGUAUUUCCGAUUAGUCUUGUCGGGAUCGCUCGUGCUUCUGGCUAAUAUCAGAAUAUAUUUCCCCGUUGGAACGUGGACUCCACUCUUUAGCUAGCAGAGCCGGGACGCAUCAGAAUAGCCAGCUUAUUGGUCUUUGGUCAGAGAGUCUUUUUUCUGUUCGCAGACUAGGUGAACUCGUAAUCGCAAAUUUGGCGACGACGUUGGCACAAACGUGGAUCCUUCAAAGGUGGAAUUAUUGCUCGAGCAGUAGCUGAAACGUAUACAAAUCUUAGCAGAUGCACAACGUACGCCUAACUUUCAACCAAGCGCUUCUAAUCCUACUUUUACUGCACCAUCAGUUGAUGGUAUCGCGAACAGUAUUUCUGAGUAGCAUUACGAUCCUGAAUCCAAAAUCUCUUUUAAUAUAUGGUUUUGACGUUAUGAAGACUUAUUGAAAUUUGAUUUUGCUAAUCAGGAUGGCGCUUGAAAAGUCCACUUGCUGCUUCGGAAACUGCGUCCUAGUGAACUAGAUAGAUAUUGUAACUCUAUUCUGCCGUUAAACAGACUUUACCGCUCAUUCUCGGAUACCGUCUAGUACAACUUUUACUAAUCCCAUUUACUAUCGGCUUUUAUGUUAAACGGUUGAAUUAUUAACAGUAUAAAUAAAUAUAUAUAUAUAUAUUUGUAGGUUAGUUUAUCAAAAUUCAUACAGCUUUCAUUAACAUCAACACUUCUAUAUCCCAAAGGAAGGUUUGGGAUCGUUUUCAAACUACGCAUAGUCUCCGGUUGACAUGUCACUAUGCACAUAGAGUCUCAGAGAGAUGUCCA